AUGACAAAUCAAGAUCAAGCUGAAAAGGAUCGCAUUGAGAAAACGCGCAAGAAAGAGGCGGCGAUGUCGCAAGACACAGGCCUAUUCUCCGUCCGGAGGCCGCGAGAAACCCUCGGAGGACUCAAUAAUUACAACUCUGGUAUACCUCAACCAGCUUCAGCUCUGAAGCGCUCCAAUUCUGCGUCGAAUUUCAAAGAGAACCAAGCCCCUCAAACAGCACACCAUGGCCGAUCGAUGUCCUCCUCACGCAUGUCACUGGCGCCAGGAAGACCUCCCCAGCCGUCGUUUCAGCGAUCAUCAUCAGGAAACAACAUGCCGGACUUCGGCCGACCCUCGACAGUACAAAGGAACUCUUCAUCAAACAUGUUCGGCCACGGAGCGUCUGCUGGACGAAUGAGCUUCGCGCCUGGUGCAAUGACACCAGCACAUCAAUCAUCGAUGAAUGGCUCUCAGAGCAUGCAGAGAAGGAGCAGCAUUUACUCGCGCCCAUCCUCCACCGGUCCGAUGAGCCACCAGUCAUUCUUCGUGCAAGCUCCUGCUCCAGCGACAAACCCACGAGAUCCAAGACCUUGGAGAGAUCCAACCUUUAGAGCAAAAAUUGGACAAGAAAUCUUGGACUAUCUGACGAGAAAUAACUUUGAAAUGGAAAUGAAGCGCUCAAUAUCACAAAAGACAAUGACGCAGCCAACGCAAAAGGACUUCGAGGCGAUGUUUCAGUGGCUUUAUCGAAGGAUCGAUCCGGCGUAUCGGUUCAUGAAGAAUAUUGAUGUAGAAGGGCCGUUCGUCCUUAAGCAGCUUUACUAUCCAUAUGUUAACUCUUGUUCAAAAUCUCAAUGGCAGGCAGUGGGAGGUCAAAACUGGACUACUUUCCUUGGAAUGCUUCAUUGGAUGAUGCAGCUGGCCAAUAUGAUCGACAAAUACGAUAUAGGAGACUACGAUGAGGCGUGCGCUGAGGCUGGGGUUGAUGUCAGCGGAGACAGAAUUAUCUUCCGGUUUCUCAGCGGAGCGUACCGAGAUUGGCUGCAAGUUGACGAAGGAGAUGACGAUGAAAAUGCAGAAAAGCUGUUGAUACCACAUGUUGAAGCCAUGGCUGCUGAAUUCGAGGAGGGAAAUGCGAAGUACGCCAAAGAGAUGGAAAUCCUCGAAGCAGAGCACGCAUCACUUGUACAGCAAAUCAAGGAAGCAGAGGAAAGUGCGCCAGAUCUAGCCAAGUUAGACAAGCAUUUCAAGAUCUUGGAAGAUGAUAAGCGCAAGUUUGAGGACUACAAUAAUAGUGUCGAAAGCAAGUGCGAGAGACACGAUGCGAAGAACAAGUUCUUGACAGAGGAGAUCCAGAAAACAGACACAGAAAUCGACACCGCUGAGUCAGAGAAGAUGAAGCUUCAAAGCGGUGUCGAUAGGCUCGGAAUAACGAUCCAGGAUAUCGACCGCAUGAAUACCGAGCGCGAGCGCCUCCACAAGAAUCUCGAGGCCACGAUCAUCAAACUCGAUGACAUUAAAUUACGCUCUUCUCAGAGGGAGACUGAUGCAAACCAAGCGCUAGAAAACCUGGAGAAUGCCAUUAACGAGUACAACUCACUCUGUUAUCAAGUCUCCGUCUCACCAAUAGAAGCAGCCAAUGCAAAUGGCCAAAACUUCCACCUCACGCUGAACAUUGAGGAACCUAACUUCUCGUCGUCCCAGCUCGGCGCUUCACAACGAGGCACCAGCGGUGACCGCCUCCUCGCAGACCCGGCAACAGGCCACCACCCCGCUUCUCUUCUCAAGCUUGAUCUCCGCGGCGAGAUCAAAGCCCAACUCGUUGCUCUCCGCAAGGAGAUCCACGAGCGCCGCACGAACGCCUUAGACGCCGACAUGAAGAUCCACGAGCUGCUAGAAAACACGAAAGACGCGAUCGAGGAGAAGCGGUCCGAGGUUGAGGGUCUUGAGCAUAAGGUUCAUGCCGCGGAAGAGGAGUAUGAGAAGACGAAGGAUGUGACGGCGACGCAGAAGGUGGCGAGUGAUACGCAGAUCGAGAAGAUGGAAAAGGAGUUGGCGAAGAUGAGGGCGAAUUUGGAUGAGAGUGUGCAGUUGAUGGAGCAGAGGGAGAUGAAUACUAAUAUUGAGUUCGAGCACUUGACUGUUAAUGCAAAUGCUCUCAGAGAGGAGCUGCAUUCGGAGGUUGAGAAGAUGCUCAAUGAUAUCAUCAAAUUCAAGAUCCACGUCCAGAAGUCUUUGGAGGAUUACGAGGGAUUUGUCGUCAAGGAGGUCGAGCAAGAGCUCGAAGGGGAUGUGGACGUCGCAGAGGGCGUCGAGGGUUUGCAUAUUGAUGGUGGUGAUGAGUAUGUGAUGGUAUAA